AGAGCUGCAGCCUGGGACCGAGGAGCCCGUGUGAUUCCCGGCGGCGGCGGCAGUGGCGGCAGCACCAGCACCGACGGAAGCGCGCGGGUGUCUCUCCUGGUGCCCCUCGCCGGGUGCUCCUGAGGUGGCAGCAGCCGUGCCCGCCGCGCCCCGCCCGCCGCCGUGUCUGUGUGUGUGUGUGUGAGUGUGUGUGUGUGUGUGUGUGUGUGUGUGUGUGUGUGUGUGUGUGAGUGUGUGAGGGGAGGGGGCGCAGCCACCGCCGCCGCUGUGGGGCCGCCGCUGCGAAAGGAGCCGCCGCCGCCGCCGCUUGCCGCUGCCGCUGCCGGGCCGCCAGAGAAGAGGAGGCGGUGGCGGCGGCGGCGAACAUGUUUUCUGUGAGAAUAGUGACCGCCGACUACUACAUGGCCAGCCCGCUGCAGGGGCUGGAUAUCUGCCAGUCGCCCCUCACCCAGGCCCCUGUCAAGAAGGUCCCGGUGGUGCGGGUCUUCGGCGCGACCCCGGCAGGUCAGAAGACAUGUCUUCAUCUACAUGGCAUCUUUCCUUACCUCUAUGUGCCAUAUGAUGGUUAUGGACAGCAACCAGAAAGCUAUCUUUCUCAGAUGGCGUUCAGUAUCGACAGAGCACUUAAUGUGGCUUUAGGCAAUCCAUCUUCUACUGCUCAACAUGUGUUCAAAGUGUCAUUAGUAUCAGGAAUGCCUUUUUAUGGUUAUCAUGAGAAGGAGAGACACUUUAUGAAGAUCUAUCUUUAUAAUCCUGCAAUGGUGAAAAGGAUAUGUGAACUUUUACAAAGUGGAGCCAUAAUGAAUAAGUUUUACCAGCCUCAUGAAGCGCAUAUUCCCUACCUCCUGCAACUCUUCAUUGACUACAAUCUGUAUGGAAUGAAUUUAAUAAAUCUGGCUGCUGUCAAGUUCCGAAAGGCAAGAAGGAAAAGUAAUUCAUUGAGUACAACUGGAUCUUGCAAGGAUCAGCUACCAGGAAGUUCUUUUAAUUUAUUUCGGUGGGAAGAGGAUGAAAUACCAAGCUCUUUAAUACUGGAGGGUGUUGAACCACAGAGUACCUGUGAAUUAGAAGUAGAUGCUGUAGCUGCUGACAUCUUAAAUCGGCUGGACAUUGAAACUCAGAUUGGUGGAAACCCAGGUCUUCAUGCCAUUUGGGAAGAUGAAAAGCAACGACGAAGAAACAGAAAUGAAACUUCUCAAAUUAGUCAACCUGAAUCACAAGAUCGCAGGUUUGUGCCCGCAACUGAAAGUGAAAAAAAAUUUCAGAAGAGACUUCAGGAAAUUCUCAAACAGAAUGAUUUCUCUGUCAGAACAUUAUCAGGAUCUGUGGACUACAGUAAUGGAUCGCAGGAGUUCUCUGCUGAAUUAACAUUGCGCUCUGAAGUUUUGUCUCCUGAAAUUCUUCAGUGUACACCAGCUAAUAUGGUAGAAGUCCACAAAGACACAGAGUUGAGCAAAGGUCAUACUGGACACAAAGUAGAAGAAGCUCUUAUUAAUGAAGAAGCAAUUUUGAACCUCAUGGAAAAUAGUCAGAGUUUUCAGCCUUUGACCCAAAGACUGAGUGAGUCACCAGCUUUCUUGGACAGUAGUCCCGAUGAGGCUCUGGUACGUCUUCUUGCUGGUUUGGAAAAUGAUGGAUAUCAGGGGGAAAGAAAUAGGAUGCCAUCGCCAUGCCAUUCCUUUGGACAUACUAAAAAUCCCCAAAAUAGUGAUGAUGAAGAAAAUGAACCGCAAAUUGAAAAAGAGGAAAUGGAGCUAAGUUUGGUGAUGUCUCAAAGAUGGGACAGCAAUAUUGAAGAGCAUUGUGCCAAAAAGAGAUCACUGUGCAGAAAUACCCAUAGAAGCUCUGAAGAAGAUGAUUCCUCUUCAGAAGAAGAAAUGGAAUGGAGUAAUAAUAGUUUGCUUCUAGCCAAUCUUUCUAUACCUCAGUUAGAUGGAACUGCGGACGAAAAUAGUGACAAUCCAUUGAACAAUGAAAAUUCUAGAACUCAUUCGUCUGUGAUUGCAACAAGCAAACUCUCAGUAAAACCUUCCAUCUUUCACAAGGACGCUGCUACAUUAGAACCCCCAUCUUCUGCUAAGAUUACCUUUCAGUGUAAACACACAAGUGCCCUUUCUUCUCAUGUUUUGAAUAAUGAAGAUAUAAUUGAAGAUCUUUCACAGCCAAACAAUGUAGAAAAAAGUCUAGAUCAUUCAGUUUCUUCUUUCACAAAUGAAAGCACUUACCCUAUGAAAUACCCUGGAUCUCUAAACAGUACCGUACAUUUAGAAAACUCUCAUAAAGAAAGUUGUAAGAAAGAUACUCUUCCAGUAUCAUCUUGUGAAAGUAGUAUUUUUGAUUAUGAAGAAGACAUACCUUCUGUUACAAGACAAGCACCAAGUAGAAAGUAUACAAACAUUAGAAAAGUUGAUAAGGAUGCCUCUUUUAUACAUAUGAACCGUUACACUAGCGAAAAUUCCUUGAACAAAAAUUCUUUCAAUUUUUCCGACGUCAGUCAUCCGAAAAACAAAUUAUCCUCUGAAGGAAAUGAAAAAGGAAACAGCACAUCUUUGAAUAGCUUAUUCUCCUCAUCAUUAACUGAAAAUUGUGAAUUGUUAUCAUGCUCAGGGGAGAAUAGAACUAUGGUGCAAUCUCUUGAUAACAUUGCUGAUGAAAGUGGACGAAAUAAACUUAAAAUUAGAUAUGAAGAAUUUCAAGAACAUAAAACAGAAAAGCCAAGCCUCAGCCAACAAGCAGCACAUUAUAUGUUUUUUCCCAGUGUUGUUCUUUCUAAUUGUCUCAGUAGACCACAGAAACUUUCUCCUGUCACAUAUAAACUACAAUCUGGCAAUAAACAGUCCAGGUUAAAAUUGAAUAAAAAGAAACCUGGAAGUCAUCAAGAGACUUCUGCAAAAACUAGUGAGACUGGAUCCCCAAAAGAUAAUUGUAUACAAAAUAAUCCUUGUAAUAGUAAUCCUGAGAAGGAUAAUGUAUUGGCCAAUGAUUUAAUCAAGGUUACUCGAGCUUUUGAAAAUAAAACACCUACAGACAGUUUUAUGGAUUGUCACUUUGUAGAUGGAACCUUAGAAACUGAGCAGUCCUUUGGAUUGUAUGGAAAUAAAUAUACACUUAGAGCCAAACGGAAAGUAAAUUAUGAGACUGAAGAUAGUGAGUCAAGUUUUGUAACACACAACUCAAAAAUUAGCCUACCUCAUCCCAUGGAAAUUGGUGAAAGUUUAGAUGGAACUCUUAAAUCUCGAAAACGAAGAAAAAUGUCUAAAAAGUUGCCUCCGGUCAUCAUAAAGUAUAUUAUUAUUAAUAGAUUUAGAGGGAGAAAAAAUAUGCUUGUUAAGCUAGGAAAAAUAGACUCUAAAGAAAAACAAGUGAUAUUAACAGAGGAAAAAAUGGAACUAUAUAAAAAGCUUGCACCUUUGAAAGAUUUUUGGCCAAAAGUUCCUGACUCCCCUGCAACCAAAUACCCCAUUUAUCCAUUAACACCAAAGAAAAGUCACAGAAGAAAAUCAAAACAUAAGUCUGCUAAGAAAAAAACUGGUAAGCAACAAAGGACAAAUAGCGAAAAUAUUAAACGAACUUUGUCUUUCCGGAAAAAACGGUCUCAUGCUAUUCUUUCUCCUCCCUCACCAUCUUACAAUGCUGAAACCGAAGACUGUGACUUGAAUUAUAGUGAUGUUAUGUCUAAACUAGGUUUUCUUUCUGAAAGAAGCACAAGUCCUAUAAAUUCUUCUCCCCCUCGCUGUUGGUCUCCCACUGACCCAAGAGCUGAAGAAAUUAUGGCUGCUGCAGAUAAAGAAGCAAUGCUUUUUAAGGGUCCUAAUGCAUAUAACAGCAGGACUGUUAAUUCCCAUAUAGAAAAAAAUAGUCGAGCAAGAUCACAGGUUAAGAAAGCAAAAACAAAACUGGUUAAUUCUUCUGUUGUUACUAAGAAGAGAAAUAAACGAAAUCAGACAAAUAAGCAAGGUGAUGAUAGAAAAAAGAAACCAAGAGCAAAACAGAAACAGAAACCAAAUGAGAAAGAUACAUCAAGAAAGCACUUUACACUUAAGGAUGAAAAAAUUAAACCUCAGUCUGGUGCUGAAGUUAAGUUUGUGCUGAAACAUCAGAAGGUAUCUGACUCUUCAAAUUCCGGAGGCCCUCAACUGCUUUUUAAACAGAAAGAUAUGUCAAUAGGUGGCUCUGCUACAGAUAAUCCCCUUUCUGUUUCCCUGUCCACUGGGAUUCACGCACAACAGAAUUUAUCAAGCUGCUUUUCUUCCUUCUUAGAAAGCAAGAAGCCUGUAGAUUUGCAAACAUUCCCUAAUUCACGAGAUGAUUUGCAUUCAUCAGUUGUUUGUAAUUCUCUGGGACCUGGAAUCUCAAAAAUUAAUGUUCCAAGGUCUCAUAAUCAAAGUGGUAUGUUUACUCUAAAGGAAUCACCCUUAAUUCAAAAAAACAUAUUUGACAUUUCCAACCAUUUGUCUCAGGUAGCACAAAAUACACAGAUAACUUCGGGUAUGAUGUCUCCAAAGACAGAAGAGAAUGCAAAUAUACAAAAAAACUUUUUGUCUGUUGGAAAAUUAAAUGAAUGUCGUAAUUCUCUAGAAUCAAAGCCAGAUCAGGCAUACACUCCGAAUUUUUUGCAUUGUAAGGACAGUCAGCAGCAGAUUGUGUGCAUGGCAGAACAGUCAAAGCACAAUGAAACUUGUUCUCCAGGAAACGCAGCUUCAGAGGAAAGCCAAAUACCUAAUAAUUGCUUUGUAACCUCCUUGAGAAGUCCAAUCAAACAAAUCCCAUGGGAACAAAAGCAGAGAGGCUUUAUUUUAGACAUGUCAAAUUUUAAACCUGAAAGGAUAAAACAAAGGUCGUUGUCAGAAGCUAUUUCCCAAACCAAAGCACUUUCUCAGUGUAAAAAUCAAAAUCUGUCGGCACCUGCAACAUUUGGUGAAGGACAGUCUGGACUGGCAGUUCUUAAAGAAUUAUUACAAAAAAGACAGCAGAAAGCACAAAAUUCAAUUAUUAUGCAAGACCAACUUUCUAAUAAACAUCAGCCAAACAAAAACAUUACUGGUUCCCUCGAACAAAAUAAAACAGUUAAGCGAAUUCGAUCAGUAACAUCUCCAAGAAAGCCUCGAACACCCAGAAGUACAAAACCUAAAGAAAAAAUUCCCAAACUUAUUAAAGUAGACUCUGUAAAUUUACAAAAUUCUGGCCAGUUAGAUAAUUCCUUAUCAGAUGAUAGUCCCAUCUUUUUUUCAGAUCCAGGUUUUGAAAGUUGUUACUCACUUGAAGAUAGCUUAUCUCCUGAUCACAAUUAUAAUUUUGAUAUUAAUGCAAUAGGUCAAACUGGCUUUUGUACUUUUUAUUCAGGAAGUCAGUUUGUCCCAGCUGAUCAAAAUUUGCCUCAGAAGUUCCUAAGUGAUGCAACUCAGGAUCUUUUCCCAGGACAAACUAUAGAAAAAAGUGAGUUUUUAAGUCACGAUAACCAGAAGUGCGAUGAAGAUAAACAUCGUGCCUCAGACUCAACUUCAUGGAUUAGAUCUGGUACUCUAAGUCCUGAACUGUUUGAGAAAUCAUCCAUAGAUAACAGUGAGAAUCAUCGUCACAGCCAGUGGAAAAAUAACUUCCAUGCUCUGACAAAUCGGUCUAAUUCAAUAAUGGAUUCUUUCUGUAUCCAACAGGCAGAGGACUGUCUAAAUGAAAAAUCUAGAUUGAAUAGGAGUUCAGUAAGCAAGGAAGUGUUUCUUAACCUCUCACAGCCUAGCAAUUCAGACUGGAUUCAAGGUCAUAACAGAAAAGAAAUGGGACAGCCUCUUGACUCAGUCAAUCCAUCUUUUACUGCAAUACUAUCUUCUCCUGAUGGAGAACUUUUGGAUGCAGCCUCUGAAGAUUUAGAAUUGUAUGUUUCAAGAAACAAUGAUAUAUUGACACCAACUCCUGAUAGCUCACCAAGGUCUACCAACUCUCCCUCACAAUCUAAGAAUGGCAGCUUUGCACCUCGAACUGCUCACAUUCUUAAACCACUUAUGUCUCCACCAAGUAGGGAAGAAAUUAUGGCAACUUUGUUGGAUCAUGAUCUUUCAGAAACAGUUUACCAGGAACCAUUUUGCAGUAAUCCUUCUGAUGUACCAGAGAAACCCAGGGAGAUUGGUGGAAGACUUCUCAUGGUAGAAACUCGACUUCCAAAUGAUCUGGCCGAAUUUGAAGGAGACUUUUCCUUAGAAGGACUUCGUCUGUGGAAAACAGCAUUCUCAGCAAUGACUCAGAAUCAGAGACCAGGGUCACCUCUUCGCAAUGGCCAAGCAGUUGUCAAUAGAGGGCCAAAUAAUAGCCACAAAAUGGUUGAAGAUAAAAAAAUUGUAAUUAUGCCUUGCAAAUGUGCCCCAAGUCGACAACUGGUUCAAGUAUGGCUUCAAGCCAAAGAAGAAUAUGAACGUUCCAAGAAACUGUCUAAAAUUGAGCCAACUGAAGUUGUAAAAUCUGCUGAGAGCUUCAGUUCUUCACUAAACCCAGAUGACAAACCUAUAGUGCCUCCAAAAAUGGAUACAAUUCCACUUGUACUCCCUACUACAGCCCAAACCAAGGAAGUUGUUGAUAAUUCUCAGAUUGCUUUACAAGUGUGGACAGGAUCCACUAGAACUGCAAGUGAAAAUCAGACGUUCCCACCUGUUGUUUCUGCAAAUAAUCCUAAGAAAGAUGAAGCUGAUGGUGAUAACUAUUAUAUUAGUUAUAGUUCACCUGAUUCACCAGUAAUUACCCCUUGGCAACACGCAACAUCCCCAAAUUCCAAAGCAUUAAAUCAGGAUGAAAGACUGUCUUCACCAGUGGAGGAACUGCAUACCCUGACAGUUGAGAACUUGAAGUCAGUAAAAGAUGGUAUUCAGAAAAGCCCCUGUCAUGAACCUCGGGAAUCAGUCAUGAUUUCACCAAUUAAUAUCAGGAGAACUGGGAUAUGUGAAUCUCUUUGCCUUCAUAGUACUCCAAUUAUACAGAGAAAAUUUGUUGAAAGGCAUCCUGAAACAACUUCCCUUAGCUCUUUAUCAACAGAACCAAAAACCCAGAAACUGAGUCAUAAGAAAGGAAGUAAUAACAACAGGCUUAGAAGAGUACUCUUAACACAAGCCAAGAAUCCAUUUGCAUCAGUAAAUUCCCCAAAGAAAGAAGCUUCUCAGAUUGAUGGACCAUCCUUAAACAAUACCUAUGGUUUCAAAGUCAGCAUACAGAACUUGCAGGAAGCAAAAGCUUUACAUGAGAUACAAAAUCUUACCUUAAUUAGUGUGGAGUUACAUGCUCGAACUAGACGAGACUUAGAACCAGAUCCUGAAUUUGACCCAAUCUGUGCCCUGUUCUACUGCAUCUCAUCUGAUACUCCACUGCCAGAUACAGACAAAACAGAAAUCACAGGUGUAAUAGUGAUUGAUAAAGAGAAAUCAGUCUCUUCUCAAGAUAUCAGAUAUCAGACUCCAUUGCUAAUUAGAUCUGGAAUUACGGAUCUAGAAGUUACCUAUGCUGCUGAUGAGAAGGCACUUUUUCAAGAAGUUGCAGAUAUCAUAAAGAGGUAUGAUCCUGAUAUUCUGCUAGGAUAUGAAAUUCAGAUGCAUUCCUGGGGUUACCUCUUACAAAGGGCUGCUGCCUUAAAUGUUGAUUUAUGUCAGAUGAUCUCUCGGGUGCCAGAUGACAAAAUUGAGAACAGAUUUUCAGCUGAAAGAGAUGACUAUGGAUCAGAUACAAUGAGUGAGAUAAAUAUUGUUGGCCGAAUUACAUUGAAUCUUUGGAGAAUCAUGAGAAAUGAGGUAGCUCUAACUAACUACACCUUUGAAAAUGUGGGCUUCCAUGUUCUUCAUCAACGUUUUCCCCUAUUUACUUUUCGGGUUUUGUCAGAUUGGUUUGAUAACAAGACUGAUCUGUACAGAUGGAAAAUGGUUGAUCAUUACAUUAGCCGUGUUCGUGGAAAUCUUCAAAUGUUAGAACAGCUGGACCUUAUUGGGAAGACCAGUGAAAUGGCUAGACUUUUUGGCAUUCAGUUUUUACAUGUACUGACAAGGGGUUCACAGUACCGUGUGGAAUCAAUGAUGUUGCGUAUUGCUAAACCAAUGAACUAUAUUCCUGUGACACCUAGUGUACAGCAGAGAUCCCAGAUGAGAGCCCUACAGUGUGUUCCCCUGAUUAUGGAGCCUGAAUCUCGAUUUUAUAGCAACUCUGUUCUCGUUUUGGAUUUUCAGUCUCUAUAUCCUUCUAUUGUGAUUGCAUAUAACUACUGUUUUUCCACUUGCCUUGGCCAUGUUGAAAACUUGGGGAAGUAUGAUGAGUUCAAAUUUGGCUGUACCUCUCUAAGAGUACCUCCAGAUUUACUUUACCAAAUUAGGCAUGAUAUCACAGUCUCCCCCAAUGGAGUAGCUUUUGUCAAGCCUUCAGUGAGAAAAGGUGUGCUGCCAAGAAUGCUUGAAGAAAUUUUGAAGACUAGACUCAUGGUGAAGCAGUCAAUGAAAGCUUACAAACAAGACAGAGCACUGUCACGAAUGCUUGAUGCUCGCCAGCUAGGGCUUAAGCUUAUAGCAAAUGUCACAUUUGGUUAUACAGCUGCUAACUUUUCUGGAAGAAUGCCAUGCAUUGAGGUUGGUGAUAGUAUUAUUCACAAAGCCAGAGAGACCUUGGAACGAGCUAUUAAACUGGUGAAUGAUACCAAGAAAUGGGGUGCUAGAGUCGUAUAUGGUGACACUGACAGUAUGUUUGUGCUAUUGAAAGGAGCAACUAAAGAGCAGUCUUUUAAGAUUGGCCAGGAGAUUGCCGAAGCUGUAACUGCUACCAAUCCUAAACCUGUGAAAUUGAAGUUUGAAAAGGUUUAUUUGCCCUGUGUCUUAGAAACAAAAAAGAGGUAUGUGGGUUACAUGUAUGAAACAUUGGAUCAAAAGGACCCAGUAUUUGAUGCAAAAGGAAUAGAAACAGUUAGAAGAGAUUCCUGCCCUGCUGUUUCUAAGAUACUUGAGCGUUCACUAAAGCUGCUAUUUGAAACGAGAGAUAUAAGUUUAAUUAAACAGUAUGUUCAACGACAAUGUAUGAAACUCCUUGAAGGAAAGGCCAGCAUACAAGAUUUUAUUUUUGCCAAGGAAUACAGAGGAAGUUUCUCUUAUAAACCCGGAGCUUGUGUACCAGCCCUUGAACUUACAAGGAAAAUGCUUACUUAUGACCGGAGAUCUGAGCCUCGUGUUGGGGAGCGUGUACCUUAUGUCAUCAUUUAUGGAACCCCUGGAGUACCACUUAUCCAGUUGGUAAGGCGCCCAGUGGAAGUCCUCCAGGACCCAACUCUGAGACUGAAUGCUACAUACUAUAUCACCAAGCAAAUCCUUCCACCCCUUGCAAGAAUUUUUUCACUUAUUGGUAUAGAUGUCUUCAACUGGUACCAUGAAUUACCAAGGAUCCAUAAAACCACCAGCUCCUCUCGAAGUGAGUCUGAAGGUCGGAAGGGCACUAUUUCACAAUAUUUCACUACAUUACAUUGUCCUGUGUGUGAUGAUCUCACUCAACAUGGCAUCUGCAGUAAAUGUCGAAGCCAACCUCAGCAUGUUACAGUCAUCCUGAAUCAAGAAAUUCGAGAGCUGGAACGUAAACAAGAGCAACUUUUAAAGAUAUGCAAGAACUGUACAGGUUGCUUUGAUCGACAUAUCCCAUGUGUUUCUCUAAACUGCCCAGUACUUUUCAAGCUCUCCCGAGUAAAUAGAGAAUUAUCCAAGGCACCAUAUCUCCGGCAAUUACUAGACCAGUUUUAAGUGAUCAGUAUCACAGAAUUCCAGGUGCUAUUUUUUUUCAGUGUUUACCACACUAUACUGUUGUGCAUGGUGCUUUUUCAACUUCCAUCAGUCAUGUAUGCUCACUGUCUGUUAUCUGAAGACCAUGAAAACUUUUAGGCUAACUAAAUUAAAAAUUGUACUUGUUGGUCUCUUAAUUAGUUCUCUUCUUACAGUGUAUAAAUUCCGUGUCCUUUCACCUUUCUAAGGUUGUUUUAUUAACACAGGUGUUGAAUUUGCUCCAGUACUUGUAGCAUCAUGUAAAUCCAUUUGAGUAGAUCAUGUUUACUUCCCUGCGGAAGAAGCACUGAAAACCUCUUUUACAAAAUUCAUCUGUGUGUUUCCUUGGACUGUCUGUAUCAAGACGUGUUACCUAGAGAUAUCCAUUCACUUUAUAAUUUUGACUGCGGAAUAUUUUGUAAAUACACUUUUUUACUUUUCAAACAGCUGAGUAAAAUAAUGUGCAAUGAAUUUUAUACAAAUGAUUUUCCAAGUUGUUUGGUAUAUUUCCUCUAGGUUUUGCUUGACUCAGAAUAGAGUUGUUAUUUUGAUCAAACUGUGCAAAUAGUAACGUGUAGCAUUUUGAAACAUUAUUUUCUAAAACCGCUGUCUUGCUUUAGCUAUUAAGGGGCAUUGUGAGGAACUGUGCAGAGACAUUUUUGUUACAAACCUGUGGGCCUGUUGCAAUACUUUAAAAAUAAAAAAUUUUAUUCCAUUUUGCUUGUUUUGUAUAGACAUUUCUAUUGCUUCUAAAUAUGCUUAAAAUAUUUUUCUUUCUGUAUUGUACAGUUAAUCUUAUUUGCCAUCAUCUUGAACACAAAUGUGUAUUUAGAAUAUUUGUAUAACUGUAUAAAAUGAAAAAGAAAUAAUGUGGUCAGUGCAUUGUUUUUUAAACUGGAAAUCAUUUUGUUUUAAAAGUUAAUAAUGGAAACCAUAUUAAAAUUGAAUAAAAUAUGAAAUGUGGCCAUGUUAUUUUUUUGUUUUUGGGUCACACCCAGUGGUACUCAGGAAAUUCCCCUGGUGGUGCUCGGAGAACAUAUGUGAUAUCAGGAUGAAUCCUGGGUCAGACAAGUACAAGUCAAAUUCUGUACCUAUCUCUUCAGCCCCUGGCCAUGUGAUUUUUAUCUUGCUAUAAUUUGGGCAGAGGGUGUGAACAAAUAUUUUUCAAAAAUAUAUAGAGAGAUACAUAAAAAUGGGCCAGAGAUAGUACAGUGGGUAAGCACUUGCCUUGUUUGUGGUUUGAUCCCCCGACAUCCCAUAUGGUCCUUAGCACUGCCAGGAGUGAUCCCUGAGCACAGAGUCAGGAGUAGCCCUUACUAAGCAUCACCAGGUGUGGCCCAAAAAAACAAAAUAAAUAAAAAAUAAAAAGAUGCUCAGUAUUACCUAUUAGUAAAUGUAACUCUCAAAAAUACAAUGAAACAUUACCACACACAUAUUAGAAUGGCAACUGUCAACAAGACAAGAAAUAAGUAGUGGUGAGAAUGAAGGAAAAGGAAGCCUUUUUCGAAUAUAAACUGGGCUGGAGAGGUGGUACUGUGGGUAAAGACACUUGCCUUGAAUGUGGCCAACCCAGUUUUGAUCCUGGCACCCCCUAUGGUCCCCUGAGCCCCACAAGGAGUGCAGAGCCAGGAGUAAACUCUGAACACUGCUGUGUGAUCAAAACAAAAAAAAAAAAAUGGAAAGUAAAUUCAUACUGGUCCUAGAGAAAAUGAGAAAACAGUGAAGAGGUGUCACUGUUUAAAAAAUUAAAAUUAGUGGGGCCGGAGCGAUAGCACAGCGGGUAGGGCUUUUGCCUUGCACGCGGCCGACCCGGGUUCGAUCCCCGGCAUCCCAUAUGGUCCCCCAAGCACCGCCAGGAGUAAUUCCUGAGUGCAAAGCCAGGAGUAACCCCUGAGCAUCGCUGGGUGUGACCCAAAAAGCAAAAAAAAAAAAAAUUAAAAUUAGAACUCCCUUGUGAUCCAGCAACUCUACUGGGAGUUAAUCUGAAGGAAGUGAUAACACUUUAUCAAAAAGAUAUAUAUAUAUAUAUAUAUAUAUAUACACUGCCAUAGUCAUGAGAUAUCAGACAUGACAUCCAAGCAAACUCAAUACCCAUCAACUUUUGAAUGGAUGAAGAAAGUUGCGUGUGUGUAAUAUACACAUGUGUGUAUUACAUAUAUAAUAGAGUACUAUUCCUCAAGAAUGAGGAAACACUGCCAUUUACAACAAUAGGAAUGGCUCAUGAAGACAUUAUACUAAAUUAGUAAAUCAAAAAAUAGUAUUUAAUAAUUAUUUGAAUACGUAUUUUUAAAGAAAAAUAGAUCAUAAGAAUAGCUCUUGAAGACAUGUUUCAAAGACAAAAUAUUUAAUAACUGCAGGUUUUGAAAGAAAAAAACAAUAACAAACUCAAAUACACAGAGAAGAGUUGAGGUGAACAGAAGCUAGGAGGGGAUUGUGAAGGUGCAAAAAGUGGUAAAAAGAUAAAAGCCUUGGGGCUAAGUGGAUGAGGUACUUGCCUUGCACGUGGCUGACUUAAAUUGAUAAUCAGCAUUACAUAAUAGUCCCCUGAGCCCCAACAGGAUUGAUGGCUGUGUGGUCAAAAAAAAAAAAAAAAUUUUUUUUUUAAUUUUUUUAAAGAUAAAUCUUAGGGCCAGAGUGAUAGUACAAUGGGUAGGGCACUUGCCUUGCACAUGACUGACCCGGAUUCAAUCCCUGGCAUCCCAUAUGGUCUCUUGAGCCCACUAGGAGUGAUUCCUAAGCACAGAGCCAGCAGUAACCCCUGAACAUUGUCAGGUAUAGGCCUAAAACAAGAAAAAUUUAUGUGUGUGUGUAUAUAUAUAUCAGUUAUAAAAUUAUUACAUCCUGGAUGUAAUGAACAGAAUAGUGACUGGUGUUUAAAUGUCUGUAUACACCCUUUUCACAAGAGCACCAAAAGCAAGAACAUAGCCCCUGACCCUCUCAAAGGUGAAGUGAAAAUGCUUUGAAGCCAAGAAAGCAGCGCUGAAAGGCAUCCACAGUCACAUCUCACCCACCUUCUGGCUGCCCCAGAUACUGCAGCUGAAAAGACAGAUAGCCUCAGAGGAGCACCUCUAAGAGAAACCCACCCGAACAGUAUUCCAGCAAGUUCCCUCAGACUGCUGAGUCUGCCAUAAAGAACCACAGUGUUCCCUGUGGAUCACAGUCCAGGCCAACAAGCACUAGAUGAAACAGCUAUGAAGAAGCUCUGUGAGAAUGGUAUGGCCCAGAUUCACCCCCCUGACCAGACUGGAUGGAGAGAAGAACGCCUGUGUGCAGCUGACUUUGACCAGGAUGCCUUGAGUACUGGCAAUAAAAUUGGGAUUAUCUAAACAGUCCAGUUGGCUAAUUUUAAAUACAUGUAUUUUUUUCACCAUUUAAAAAAACAGGUCUGUAUUACACCCCAGUCACCAUAAAGAUCAGCUUUCUGAACAACUGUUUUAGGUACAUGUGACCACAGUCUCCAGUUGCGGCCCAACAUAGUUGGAGUUUGACUCUGUAUCAGCUGCCAGAUACCAACAACUAUGAACCCUGGGCCACAGCCUGGAUGAACUAACUUCCGUGCUACAGUAGCUACAGUACACAUGCAACAAUGAACCACAUAGGAGGGUUCCAUAUGCUCUAUGGAGAGAAAUGGCCAGUAAAGUGAGCACAAAGAAAAACUUCAUCCCCCAGACCUCUUUCCUAGAGGGAGGCAGCAAAGGUUUAAGUCUGGCCAUGUGAAGGAUGGUCUCUUUCACUCAAUCUUCCCAGCUCAGGGAAACACUAGCAAGAGCACAUGGCAUGAUCCUCCCUCCAGUGUCAUGCUUCAACAAGCCCAUAUUUGAUGAUGAAGUGGAAGUGGAAUGAACAACUAAACCCCUGCCACCUCAUGGGAAGUGCUGGGAAGCCUCCCGCAGUCAUGAUUGAAAAUGGAUCCUAGUAGUCCAACGCCAAGGCUCCUAGACAGCUGUCUGUAUUUGGGAAGAGGCAGAAAUGGCCAAGGUUUGCCCAGAGACUGUGAACAAAGCAAAAAUACAUGAGGGGCCCGCCCAGCAAACACAGAGAACAGAGAUGGGGCAGCCAAAUAGGGUCACCUGGGGGUGUCACUGUUGGGUAAGAUAAAGAAAAGCGUGUUCAAGGUUUCCCCUUUAAAAAUGUCUUUUCAGGGGCUGGAGAGAUGCACAGCGGGUAGGGCAUUUGCCUUGCACGAGGCUAAGCCUGGGUUUGAUUUCCAGCAUCCGAUAUGGUCCCCUGAGCACCGCCAGGAGUUAAUUCCUGAGUGCAUGAGCCAGGAGUAACCCCUGUGCAUCGCCAGAUGUAACCCAAAAAGCUCAAAAAAAAAGUUAAAUAUCAAGCUGAAGAAAUAAAAAUGGUAACUCAUCAAAAUGUUAUAUGUCAUUUCUACAACACCUAAAGUGCAAAUAAAGUAUAAUUCAUAGUUUGGAAGUCCAUUGAAGCCUAUUUUAUACAUAUUUAGUCAGUCACAAUAUAAAAUCUAGAAAUGUUCUUAAC